AACUGCCUCCUCCAUUAAUACCCCUCCCUCGCCAUCCGCCUCCGCAACCAACCAAGCUCUGGUUCAGUGAUUCUUCGCCGGCAAUGGCCGCUUCUAUUCACACCAUCGCUGCUGCUUUCGCGAUAGUCGCGGUUGCGCUUCCCUGGUCUGCCACCGGCGAUUUCACUCUCGCGCCUUUAUUAUCCCCCAUUUUCGGUGGUGUGUGCAAACAAGGCCUGUGCGGAAAAGGGAAUUGCAAGGAAUCAACAAGUGGCGGUUUAGGUUAUGAAUGUGAAUGUGAUCCGGGUUGGAAACAAGCUAGGUCUCAAAACGACACUUUGUUCAAGUUUCUGCCUUGUGUUAUCCCCAACUGUUCUGUUGAUUUAUCAUGUGGAGAAGGACAAGCACCUGCUCCUGCACCAGAAAAAAGUGUCAACACAUCAAUUUUAGAACACAUGUAGCCUGCCACUGGGCUAAUUGCGGAGGCGGCUCGUGCAAGAAGACUGGUGCACUAACCUAUGCUUGUAUAUGCAAAGAGGGAUACUUCAAUCUGCUCAAUUCCACCGGUCUCCCUUGCGUCAGAGAAUGUGCACUCGGAAUGGACUGCAAAAAUCUGGGAUUUGGCUUAACAAACAACUCAAUUAGUCCUCCACCCCCAAGCUCAUUUGAUGGUAGUAGCAAAGAUAAAGUGUGCAACAAAGUGGGAUGUGGAAAAGGGAGUUGCAGGGCAUCAGGAAGUAGUGUUUUAGGCUAUGAAUGUGAAUGUGAUCCUGGCUGGAAACAAACUCUUCUUCAAAGCGACACUUUGUUCAAGUUUCUGCCUUGUGUUAUCCCCAACUGUUCCAUCAACUACUCGUGCGGAGAAGGAGCCCCUGCCCCUGCACCAGAUAAUAGAGCCAACACGUCAAUCUUCGAACUUUGCAAUUGGGCGGAGUGCGGAGGGGGGUCAUGUACCAAGACUUCUGCACUAACCUACACUUGUGAAUGCAGCAAGGGUUACUCAAACCUUCUCAAUAUCACCACUUUCCCUUGCUUCAAAGAGUGUUCAAUUGGAAUGGACUGUAACUUAACAAACAGAUCUUCUAGUUCAACUUCAACCCCUAGCAUAUCGAAUAAUACCAACAAAGGCAGCUCGAUGAUCGUCGGUGGCGGCUUUGUGUGGAAUGCCAUUGCAGCAACAUCUUUAGCCAUGUGUUUGUUCAAGUAGAUGUUGAAGAUGGAUUAGAUUUGUGUGACAAAUUAUAUUCUAUCGUGAAUCUAAGGUCCAUGGACCAUAGUGUUGACAUGUAGAGAGUAUUUGCUUAGAGUUUAGGUAAUCAAAUUUUACUUUUAUA